AUGGAACUCGCUUACGCUGUAGGCACUCCCGACGGGGCGGCAUGUGCACUCGUAGCUUCGUACGCCUUCCCUCCCGGUGUUGUUACCAUCCAGGCGCUUGGACGAAAUGCUGCCAAAUCCGCUGGCCAGGUACCGCGGCUGCUUACACCGGACGGCAAAUUCGACAAUCCGCUGACCAUUAUCCAGUACUUGUGUACUAAAUCCGAUUUCCGUGAGAUCCUUCUGGGCCCAGAGAAGAGCCCUGCUGACCAAGCAAGGAUCAACCAGUGGCUUUCAUUUUUUGCGUCCAAAGGCUUUCACGUUUCGAGUGACAGCGACUUGAACGAACUCAACUCCGCUCUUCAGUUCAAUACCUUCCUUUGCGGAAAUACCCUCACUGCCGCAGACCUCCUAGGCAUGGCAUCCGUCUCGGAAACCAUUAGGAAAGCGUCCGCCAAGGAAUGUCAGGCCCUGAAGAACGUCAUGCGAUGGUUCGAUCACAUGCAAAACCUCCCAGGCAUAAAGGAGCAGCGCCUGCAAGAUUUCCAGGCAAUUGAUUUGCCGAAAACAACCACGAGCGAUAUCAUGCAGGCAGCUGAAGAAGUGCGAAGGAGUCACAAGGACAGCUCCCUCGGAAGGCAGCAGCGGAAACAGCACCAAGAGGGGAAACUCGCACCAGAAAAACGAGCAGACGCAGUGGAGAAGCCUGCGGCGGCAGGACUGGGCAAGCGGGAAAAGUGCAAGACUCCGCAGGCACCUAAGGCUGAGGAGAGGCCAAUAGAUGACCCCAUGAGACUCGACUUGAGAGUAGGGCUUGUCAAGAAGGUUUGGAGGCAUCCAGAGGCAGACAAGUUGUACUGUGAGGAGAUAGACUUUGGGCCUUUAGGCGUUCGCCAGAUCGCGUCUGGUCUUGCCCCAUUUAUUCCCCAGGAGAAAUUCGAGGGGCAGAAAGUGGUGGUGCUUUUUAAUCUCAAGGCGAAAGCUCUGCGUGGAUUCAGCUCUCAUGGAAUGGUUAUGUGCGCUAACAACGAGGACAAGAGUGCUGUGGAGCUGCUGCAACCUCCAGAGGACGCUCCUCUUGGAGAACGUGUCACUGUCCAGGGGAUGCUCGGGGAGCCUGACGAAGUCUUGAGCGCAAAGAAAGGAAAGGACCCGCUAGUCGCUGUAUCUCCAUUCCUAAAGACGAAGGACGACUGUGUUGCGUAUUUCAAGGAUAUCGCUCUCGUCACACCGCAGGGCCCUGUACGUUGCAACAGCAUAAAGGGAGGCUUCAUAUCCUAG